GCGGAGGGGAGGGCAGCUGGUUAGAGCCAGGCAGGUGAUCCACGCGCUCACCGGGCUCCCUGGCUGUGGGGCUGAGCAGAGAUGCUCUACCUCUCUGGGCGUGGGCUUCUUGGAAUGAUGGCUGCCGAGGCCCCUGGCGUUAGGGUCCAGCACUGUGUCUGGUGUUUCCUGGGGUGCUGAGAGCGUCAGGAAUGGGGUGUGGUGGGGCUCACGGGUGUCCCAGCUCCUGUGAAGCCACCAAGCAACACCAGGAGGUGAUUUUUCAACUACAUGGCAGUCUCGUGGCCAGUGACGGAAAGUUCCAGUGCCAUAGGUCUGAGCGUCUGUGGGUGAGCACUGUGGUCUGCAGCCAAGCAUGCUGUGGUCGGACCUGCCCAGCCGCGGGACAGACGCAUUCGCUGGAUGGAAAAUCCACAAAAGAAAGCUCCUGUGAAAAGCUGAGACAGACGGUAACUUAAGCAAAAUCAGAUCUGUUUUGGGGUGCCUGACCUCCUUGGAUGAUUACUGUUAAUUAACCGACUUCGUGGGAAGAGGGGAGCUUGCCUUCUGAGCUUUGUACCAAAGACCUGGGAACACGACGCACCUGGGGCCUGGGGACUGCGGAGACACCUGUGAUUUGCCGGCGGCGCUAUGGGCAGACGGGGCCGGGAGGCCCAGUGUCGACCAGGCAGCUCAUAUUCCAAAUUAUAACCCAUUUCCUGUGCCGUUGCUGACGCCCGGUGGUCCAUGUCAGAAGUACUUCCAGCUGACUCCGGUGUGGACACCUUGGCAGUGUUUAUGGCCAGCAGCGGAGCCACGGACGUGACGAAUCGGAACAGCCCGGCCACACCACCCAACACCCUUAAUCUCCGCUCCUCCCACAAUGAACUGUUGAAUGCCGAAAUCAAGCACACGGAGACCAAGAACUGCACCCCCCCCAAAUGCAGGAAGAAAUAUGCACUGACUAACAUCCAGGCGGCCAUGGGCCUCUCGGAUCCGGCUGCACAGCCCCUGCUGGGAAAUGGCUCUGCCAACAUCAAGCUGGUGAAGAAUGGGGAGAACCAGCUCCGGAAGGCUGCGGAACAAGGGCAGCAGGACCCUAACAAAAAUGUGAGCCCGGCCGCGGUCAUCAACAUAACUUCUGAGAAGUUGGAGGGUAAAGAGCCCCACCCCCAGGAUUCCUCGGACUGUGAGAUUUUGCCCUCCCAGCCCAGGAGAACUAAGAGCUUCCUCAAUUACUAUGCAGACCCGGAGACCUCGGCCCGGGAGCUGGAGCAGAACCUGGGCAACUGCCGCGGGGCUGGAGAGCAGAAAUCCCAGCCGGACCAGAGCCAGGCCUGCACCGCCAUCGGGAACAGAGAUUUGCUGUUGCAGAAACCAAACAAGCCCCCGUCCAGCCCCGAGGACGGCCCCAUAGCCGCCGGCUCCUCCAGCCCGGAGACCAAGAAGGACCAUCCUAAAACGGGGGCCAAGACCGACUGUGCCCUGCACCGGAUCCAGAACCUGGCCCCGAGCGACGAGGAGUCCAGCUGGACCACGUUGUCCCAGGACAGCGCCUCCCCCAGCUCCCCGGACGAAACAGCAGAUCUGUGGAGCGAUCAGUCGUUUCAGACCGACCCGGAUCUGCCACCGGGCUGGAAGAGGGUCAAUGACGUCGCUGGCACCUACUACUGGCACAUCCCAACGGGAGCCACCCAGUGGGAGCAGCCGGUCUCCGUCCCCGUGGGGCCCCAGGGUUCCAGGAAGGGCUCCCUGAGCUCGGUGACGCCGUCCCCCACCCCGGAGAACGAGAAACAGCCAUGGAGUGAUUUUGCUGUUCUGAAUGGGGGAAAGAUUAAUAGUGACAUUUGGAAGGAUCUGCACGCAGCCACAGUGAACCCCGACCCCAGUUUAAAAGAGUUUGAAGGAGCCACGCUGCGCUAUGCGUCUUUGAAACUCAGACAUGCCCCACAUGCUGACGACGAUGAUUCUUGUAGCAUCAACAGUGAUCCAGAAGCCAAGCGCUUCGCGGUGCGCUCCCUGGGCUGGGUGGAGAUGGCAGAGGAGGACCUCGCCCCCGGGAAGAGCAGCGUGGCCGUCAACAACUGCAUCCGGCAGCUGUCCUACUGCAAAAACGACAUCCGGGACACCGUGGGCAUCUGGGGAGAGGGCAAGGACAUGGACCUGGUCCUGGAGAACGAGCUGCUGAGCCUGGUGGACCCCAUGGACCGCUCCGUGCUGCACGCCCAGCCCAUCGUGAGCAUCCGCGUGUGGGGCGUGGGCCGCGACAACGGCCGGGAUUUUGCUUACGUAGCCAGAGACAAAGAUACGCGAAUCUUGAAAUGUCAUGUGUUUCGAUGUGACACCCCCGCAAAAGCCAUCGCCACGAGUCUCCACGAAAUCUGCUCCAAGAUCAUGGCGGAGCGGAAGAAUGCCAAAGCCCUGGCCUGCAGCGCUGUGCACGAGAGGACCAGCGCGACCCUCGACGUCCCUCUGCAAGUAGAUUUUCCAACACCAAAGACUGAGCUGGUCCAGAAGUUCCACGUGCAGUACCUGGGCAUGUUACCUGUGGACAGACCAGUCGGAAUGGACACCCUGAACAGCGCCAUAGAGACUCUCAUGGCGUCGUCCGACAGGGAGGAUUGGCUGGCGGUGAACAUGAGCGUGGCCGAUGCCACCGUGACCGUCAUCAGUGAAAAGAGUGAAGAGGAGGUCCUGGUGGAGUGCCGCGUGCGGUUCCUGUCCUUCAUGGGCGUCGGCAGGGACGUCCACACCUUCGCCUUCAUCAUGGACACGGGCAGCCAGCGCUUCGAGUGCCACGUGUUCUGGUGCGAGCCCAACGCCGGCAACGUGUCCGAGGCGGUACAGGCCGCCUGCAUGCUACGCUAUCAGAAGUGCUUGGUGGCCAGGCCUCCCUCACAGAAAGUGCGGCCACCGCCGCCGCCGGCAGACUCGGUGACCAGGAGGGUCACAACCAAUGUGAAGCGCGGGGUCUUAUCCCUCAUUGACACUUUGAAACAGAAACGCCCGGUCACAGAGACGCCGUAGCCGCGCGUGGGGAAGGACCCGUGACACUUACCUGGGGACUGAACAGCUACACUAAAGACAACGAACUGAUCUGACCUUCCGUUCCGCCGCCGAUGCUUUGUCUUCAGAGAAACUCAUCCUUAACCAGACAGUGUUAGACAAGCAUGUUCUCGUCUUGCCACCAUCACGUGAUACGAAAAGAAGCAUGAGUCAUUUUUUUGCCGUCAGUAAGUGACAUCACGAGCAGUGGAAGGUCUUUUUCUCAUUGUAAAUAUUGUGAACGUUACUGAACUUCACACACACAGGGAAGAAUGUGGCCAUGCCCCUCCUGGUGAACUAACGCUGCACCCUUGGAGUGAACGAGGCCUGAGUUAGUGUCACUGUCGCCUCUACGGGGAUCUGUCACAAGCACUUUGCCCUGUUCCCAACAUUGGAGUAGACACUGCAUAGCAGACACCAUUGCUGCAAAAAUAGGAUGGCGAGUUUUUGUUCUAGUUUUUCAUAAAAUUGAACAUGUUUGACAAAAUUGGCUAUUGGCAUCAGCAUAGAAACCAACUGGCAGCUGUCCUUGACACACGGACACCAUUUCAUGUCUACAGCUGUUUGUGGGAUAUUGGAAAAAAGUAAAACUUUAAAAUUGAUGAAAAACUAAAUUUCAGGAAUUAAAAUUGAACAAAAACUAGCCUUUCUUUUCAGAUGGUUUUCAAACUGAUUAUUUUAAAAAAAGAGAUUAACAAAAUCAUAAUGCAUUUUGGGUAGGACUUAUUUCAAACUUCUGCCUUAUAUUGUACAGUGCAGCUAGAGAAUUAUAGUUCACUAUGGCCAUUCUCUACAUGAGCAUUAAAAUGGAAUAUUACUCAUAAACCUUUCAUCCUUAGUUUGCUAAUCAGCCAAUAUGCAAUUUGAAGUUGAGGAAAUGUCAUUUAUAUUUCUGUCCCACAUGAUUAUUUUAGAUCUUUACCACCAUGUUAUUUUUAUUAGUUCACAUGCUAGAAGAAAACAUUCUGCUAGAAGCCUGCAUCUAGCUCGAUCUCACUCCAGUGCUUUUUGCCCAGAAAGCUGUCUAUCCAUCAGGUAUGGUCCAUGGCAACAAAUGGCAUUAAGUUGAACCUUUCCUGAAUUUAUGUAUUUAAUGUUAGAAUUUGUUCAACUCAACUAGAUAUAUUUUAAAAUUUAUUUCUUUUCCAUUUUACUUUAAAGACUUAAAGAUUUCAUAUCAGAGCAAAAUAUAUGUAGGAAUAAUAGACUAUUGAACAAGUUUCCCAAAAAUAGCAUUUUCCUGCAUUUUAUGUAGAUGAGAAACUUAGCUGUGAAGACAUACAAAUUUAGGCUCUUGUUAACAUUGUUGUUUUAAAAAGAAGAUUAAUCUCAAUAUUUGUCUUCUUUACUUUUUAAUGUCAAAAUUAACCUUAACAACAUCCAAUUAUAAAAACAACACUUUGUUUAUACAUUGCUAGGUAUGUACUUGUCAGAAUGGUUUCCACAUUUCUAUCACAUUUGAGCCUUACAAGGUAGAGAAGGUACAAACACUUGGGAAAUAAAAACAAAGUACCAAGAGGCUGACUCAGCCGCCCUGAAAUCUCACCAAAGUCAGCGUGGGAGCAGGACUAGGGCCGUGUCUCCCGGCUUCCGUUCUGACUGUUGAGGCUGCCCGCACAGCCAUCCGGAAGAGCCUUCCCAGAAUGACUCUGGGCUUACACAAAGAACAGCAGGUGGGGAAACACUGCCAGGCAACCUUAGAAUUCCCUGCGUAAGUGGGGGAAAUACGUGCAAAUUACUCCUGCAGUGGUAUUAACUAUUAAACCAUUGCCGCCUCUCCGUCGAGGACUGUUCUCCUGCAGUGUGCCUCAGACGUACCGUAGAGGACGAGAUUCUACAUUCAGUAUGUAGCCUGUUCAGUCUGUGAGAUUUUUCCAGAGAUGCCGUUACCCAGAGACAUUUGUGACUCGUGGUCUUGGGCCACUGUAGAACAUGACAGGAAGAGUAGCUGGCCUUCGACCUGCCAUUCCGUCUCAGAACUCACGGGGGGGGGGGGGGGGGGGUUAAAUCAUUUGCAGCUUUAGAAAUGCAUUAUACGUUCUACCAAUUUAUAUGCUGUUCUAUCUGAAGUGACCCAAUGCCCAUCAUCAGAAAUUGUGGCAUUAUGAGAAUCCUUAUUAUGCCCUUUGAAAAGCUGUUCAAAAUUCAGUGACGAUGAUUGUUCAUCUUGAUCUCCACAGUUAAGCAUCUUAGUGUGAUGAACUUCAAAAUUCUAAACAAGUAGUCCACUUUUAUACUGGAAAUCUCUACCGGAACCCCCUGUUCAUUUUUUAAGGCAUACAUGUGUUUGUUUUCAGGAUCAAGAAUACUGAGCUAGCUGUAAGUAGUAAACUGAUUUAUAUAUGCAAUUAUAGGAUGCAUUAAGAUGAAUGAUAGCCUUUACAUAUUGAAAACUUUACUGCAGAUACUUUGUUUUGAAAAUGGCUUUGCAUACUAAAUGCAAAUUAAUUUCUUAAAAUUAAUUAUGUUAAACGGUAUGUUCAGACACUUUCUGCCAUGGCCAAAAAGUAUGCGUGAGAGGGUGUGUGCCUGCCUGUGAAGGGGGCCCGGGUCUCGCCUGCUGCCGGUUCUCUAUCUAUGCAUCCCUGUGUGUGUGAUCUGGUAAACAGCCGCCUUCACGAGGCCUUGUAUGUCUUAUCAUGUUUUUAAUUAACCUUUUAAAUACAGCUUAAAAUAUUUUUAUUUUA